CCAAGGCGUGAUUGAUCAGGCUAUUCUCUUCCGGCCUCCAGGCAUGUGGGGUAUAUGGCUCCUUUGCAUCAGCGAAAAGGCAUUCAGUUCUUCGACCCGUAUUCCGCACCUGGUCAACAUCGAAAUUUACUAUGUCUCCAAACGGCGCGAGCGACAGCAAGUCGAACAGUGAGAGGCCGGUCAAGAUCAUCAUCGUUGGUGCUGGCUUUGCUGGCUUAUCCUGUGCCAUCGAAUCGCGAUUGAAGGGUCACGAUGUUAUCCUCUUAGACAAGUUCCCCAAGCUGAAGGUCCUGGGAGACAUCAUCUCCUUUGGACCUAAUGCUGGACGCAUCUUCGAGCGCUGGGGCCUGCACGACAAGAUGUGGCCGCUCUGCACGCAUUUGAAGACGUUCCACCUGAAUACGUGGAAGGGCGACCUUAUCACUGCGCAGCCGCUGAAUGAGAAGGAAUUUGGGAGCUAUAGCUAUAAUGGACAUCGGGGGGAGCUGCACCAGAUUCUGUUCGAUCAUGCUGUCGAGCUUGGCGUCGACCUGCGACUUUCAGCGAAUGUUACCGAGUACUGGGAGGAUGACCAUGCUGCGGGCGUUGUUAGCAAUGGAGAAAGGCUGAGUGCAGAUGUGGUUGUCGGAGCGGAUGGGGUGCGCUCAAAGGCUAGGGCGAUGGUCUUAGGCUAUUUUGAUCAGCCUGAACCGUCUGGGUACGCCAUUUACCGCGCGUGGUUCACCGCCAAGGGCAGCGGAAUCGAUGAGGACCCCUUGUCUGAUUACCUAGUCAAGGAUGGGGACGCGUUCUACGGCUGGAUCGGUAAGGACGUACACAUGCUCUCCUCUUCUUCCAAGGGUGGGAAAGAUGUCAGCUGGGUAAUAACGCACAAGGAUACGGCGGAUAUCGAAGAGUCUUGGUCUUUCCCCGGCAAGAUGGAGGACGUACUCAAGAUUGUCGAAGAUUGGGACCCGCGCUGCGCUGCAAUUCUGUCUAAAGCGCCCAGCUGCGUUGAUUGGAAACUCGUCUACCGCGAUCCACUGCCUACCUGGAUCAGUAAGAAGGCGCGCAUUGCGGUCAUCGGAGAUGCUGCUCACCCGUUCCUGCCUACCAGUAUCCAAGGUGCCAGCCAGGCGCUUGAAGACGGUGUAACGAUCGCGGUGAAUCUGAAGCUCUCCGGACCCGAAGAAGCACCUCUUUCCAUCCAAGCUUUUGAGAAGAUCCGGUAUCAGCGCGUGCGUCGGGCACAGCGCACGGGAGAGACGAAUCGCGACAAGUGGCACCAGGCAGACGAUAAGAAGGCGGUCGAGGAUCCCAAAAGUGUCGCGCUCAACCGCGAGGAAUGGUUAUUGGGCCAUGAUGCGGAGAAGCAUGCAUGGGAGGCGUAUCCCGACACCGCGAAAGAUAUCAAAGAGCAUGGGUAUCAUUUGCCAGAGCUUCCAGAGGGCGAUGUGGCUGCUGAGCGCGUGGCCAAGGCAAGAGAAGAAUAUUUGGCUAAAGCCAUGUAA